AUGACCAUACAAGGACAAAGUUCAAAAUCAAUAGUAUAUAGAUGGUUAUCAACCUAUUUACGUAACAUCAGUUCGAUGAUAUCAGGAACGAUCCGAGGGAACUUCGAUCACAAUCUUGGGCUGAUCAGAUAA